AGGGCCGCCGCUCUGCAUAUGCAGACAACGCAGCCAGCGUUAGGCCUCAACCAUUUUGCAGUUGCAGGGAGCCAAAUUGACUGAGAAUGAAAUGUGUUGAAAUUAUGACAUUAUUAAAUUUAAAACCCAAUGUGAAUUAUUUAUGAUACGCUCAUCUUUUUUGUCUUUAAACAUUGCAUGGGGCACCUACUCUACUACUUAAAAGCGGCACGUUAUUAUUUUUGUGCAUAAUAUAAUGCCCCCACCCCUAUUGCCUGAAAUGGCACGGCUCGGUUUGCUCUGUUGGUUGUUGCCAGAUGUGACAUUUUCCAGUCAAAUAAAUAAUCAAAAAAUGCAUGGAGGCGCUAAAUCUUGCGCAUGUUUAACCAUUUUUAAAGUGUAUGUGGCCAUUCUAUACAAAAACUUGUCCAGUGCAAUAUUUGUGUAAGUUAAAAACUUAAAAUAAAAUAAACAAAUAGGAUGAAAAAUCGUAACUUAUCUGGCAACCUUAGUCCUAACUAAAGUAGCAACGCUACUUGAGUUUGGCAGGAGACAAGUUCACCGCGCGAAGUUGCUACUAAAUGGUAAUUCAACUAUGAAGCGACGGUUUGAGUCUGGAGCUGAGAAGAAGAAAAAGAAGCAGAAAGAUGAGGCCCAUGGGGGGGCCUCCCUGACCAGUUAUGCUUAGGGCCUCCAAAACCUUAGCAGCGGCCCUGGUGCCAUAUAAACGUUAAUUAACUUUAAAAAAAUUACACCAAAUGCAACGUUAAUUCAACCAUAACAUCAACGUUGAUUCAACGUUAAAUGCCAGCGGUGUGCUUUUCUACUACCAGGAGGCGGUUUGCCGGAAUGCAGGUGGAUUAAAAAAAAAACGCUGUUUUUUACCCAUUGGCUAAUGACGUAACGGUACGUCAGAAGAGGCUGAAAAAAACGAGCAGCACCCCUAAAUGUGAAAAGCGAUAGAGAAGCGCAUCUGUCGGAAAUAACGCGCUCUGAUCACAGAAUCACCAGUUUUGAUCAGAUUAAACUGAAUCUAAAAACGGGAAGUUUUUCCUCUGAUACCUGAUCUAAAACCUCCAGCGAGCAGCUGAUGAAAAAGUGAUGCUGGAAGAGCCCAAAGCCUCUCAGAAGACCAGAAAAGAAAGUAAGAGAAGAGAGAUGGGGUGGAGUCCAGCAACCAGUGAUAAAGAGCAGGACCAAAAGGAUGCGGACCCCACAGACCAGUUACACAGGUACAAGCACAGCCUUAUCUCCACUCUGACCACGGUGAUGACCUUCCCCAUCUACAAGACGGUGUUCCGCCAGCAGCUGCACAGCUCUGGUGUCCGUGAGACGGUGGCCCAGCUGAACAAGGAAGGGCCUUUGAAGUUGUACCGAGGUGUAGCACCACCUUUGUUGAUGAGGACCCUCAAUGGGACCCUCCUUUUUGGCCUUCAAGGCACCCUCUUGCAACAGCUGUCCAGAGCCAACUCCAUCUUACCUGAAAUGGUCCUUCCUGCCCUGGCCGGGCUCGGGGCGGGUGCGGUUGAGGCCCUGAUUUUCACCCCUUUCGAGCGUGUGCAGAAUAUACUGCAAAACAGCGGCAAUGACCGCAGUCUACCCACCAUUAGGAGCAUCCUGGUCCGGCUAAGGUCUGAAAACUUAGCUCAUGGCUUUUACCGAGCCUUCUUGCCUAUACUCGCCCGCAACGCCUUAGGGAGCAGCCUUUACUUUGGCCUAAAAGAUCCCGUGUCCAGUGCCUUAAGGGAGCAGGGUCUUUCCCCCGUGGCCUCCUCCUUCUUCUCAGGUGUGAUUGUCUCUAUGGUGAUCAGCCUACCACCAUACCCUAUGUCUGUGCUGGUGGCCAACAUGCAAGCCAAAGUUGGUGAAGAGAAGCUGGGGCUGAGGGCCAGCGCGCAGAAGCUGUGGAGAGCCAGGCAGUGCAGCCUGAUCCUGCUCUACCGUGGAGGUUCACUGGUCAUUCUCCGCUCCAUUUCCUGGGGCAUCACCACUGCCAUAUAUGACCAUCUGGAAAACCGCAUCAACUAAGCGGGAUAUUGCUCAGGCAGUAAUAUUUUCUGGGUUCAGGGAUAAGUCUGUGUUAUUGUGUACCAAACCCUUUUUUUCCACAUGAACUUUGACCAUAUAUAUUUCUUAAAACUUGACUAAGGGUGUCCAAAGCUUUGCAUGUAAUUGUAUUUCUCCAUCAGUAGUAAGAGGGUGAAAAUGCAUCAGUGUGUCAUGAUGCAUUUGAGAGUGAAGGUGAAUUGAUAUUGACCUUUUGGUGAGCUGCGGUGGUUGCCCACCGCUCUGGGCACAUGUGCUUACUGUACCUUACUGUGUGUGUGUGUGUGUGUGUGUGUGUGUGUGUGUGUGUGUGUGUGUGUGUGCGCUUACUAGUGUGUAUAUAUGUGUGUUCACUGGGUUAAAGGUGUAGGCCACAUUUCAUCUGCGGUAAAUCUUAAUUACAUUAAGCAUUGAAUAUGUUUCUCAACUACUCACGAUGUAAGAGGUUCACACCCAUGGAAUUGUGUUUUUUUCAUGUUAAGUUUUUUCAUGUUAAGGUACUAUCAUAAACCAAGUCACUGUGCAAAAACUAAAGCUUAUUUUAAGCUUAAGAUUUUUGUUUCCAUAAACCAUGAAUAUCAUUCAUUUUUUCAACAACUAAAACAAUGUUUAUCUUUACAAAUAUCAAAAAGGUUAAUAUAUAAUAAAAGGUUAAUAUAGUCUUAAGGUAAUUAGGCCCAAAUAUUUUUUUUUAUUAUUUCCCCUUUACCUCAAAUAUAUUGACAUGUGUUUUGUGUGAAAUCUGGUGCUUUUAUUGCUCUGAAGCUAAAAGGCUAAUAUAGCUAAAAAUGAGCUAAUAGAGACACAUGGCUGAAAACAAUAGUAGCAUUUACCUUGAAGUCUGCAUUGUGUCUUUAUCCUUUGCAAAUACACAUAAAUACAUUUAUUUGAGAUUAAUUAACUGGAAUGUGAAGAUAAUGUGAAGAAAAUGCAGUUUGUACAAUGCUAACUAAGCUAACUAGCUAGCUAAGCCGGUAGCUAAAAUGCUCAUUAGCUUUGUAACUUUAGUGCAAAAGUAAAAACGGGAAAAGAGGGAAAAUGUGUAAUUUAAUGCAUUUCUGUGAAUAUACGUUCAGUUUUAGGCUAAAUUAGCACUUUAAUGUUUUACAGUGUACUGGUAGCGCUUGCAGUGUCCGUCAGGCAGUGUUUUGGGCUACUAUCCUCAUAUUGCUAGGUAAGCUAACCUAACUAGCCACAUUACCUCAGACUUUACAUUACAUUAUUAUUUACAUUUACUGACAUUAAACAUUACAAACACUCAGACCUCUGUAAAAUGACCAGUUUGCAAAAACUGAAAUGUUGUUGUUUUUUUUUUUUUUAACCUUAACUUACACUGAAGAGUAAACUAUUUUUUCGAAUAAUUUUACAUUACUUUUUUAAAACCUUAUGGUAAUAGUACUGGUAUUUUGGUAGUAAUUUCUUAUCUUAUGCGUUUCUAUUU